AAUAAAUGACUAGCAAAGAUCAUCAAGAAUGGCACCUUGGAGAUCCACAUGCAGUCAGUAAAUCAUAAAUGUCAGACUAGCAGUAGCCUCUCACAAGCUCAGUCUAUGCCUUGCAAUAGCAUUGUAUUUAUAAUGUGGUAGGCCGUCCAAUCCAUUUUGUUAUGUAAAUAUGAGAAUAUAUUACCCAUACCGAAUUCCAGGCUGGCUAUGACUUAUGAGCCUCUAAUUGAGUUGCUCCGGCACUGGCAACGCAUCAGCAUUGAAAUCUAUCUUCAUGACAUCUUGCCAGUUGCUAACACAUUUCUUUUUAACUUUAAUUACCUUUUUUACUGUAUUUUUGUCAAGAAGACUUAAUGGUAUGGUAAUGGCAACAUAUCAUAACAAUGCUGACAUUUUUGGCCUAAAAACAUGAUCUUGGUGAUAUAAUUGCUCAACUCUGUUCUGCAUGGUGGUCAGGCAAUGAAGCUAACAAAAUCAAUCAAUAUCAUUGAUUGAUUAUUGGGUGUGAAAUCUGCUUUUGAAAACUUCCCUGCUUGUUUCCAUGCAGAUUUAAUCAUCCAGGCUGUAAAGCAAGGCAUUUUAGAUUGAUAUAUCAACAUCUUUUCAAGCUCCCCAUCAGCCAUCUUGACCUUAAAUUGCCAUCCAUGAUGAUCACAAACUAUGGACCAAUUGAUCAACACUGCUGUUGAAUAUCAACAGGUGUAUCUUCAGCUUGAUUUGAUUACUUGUAUCUGCCCACUGCAGCAAUUGUUUUGGCCAAUCUGUACCAAUCAUGGCACAUCAUCCAUAUUGAUCAUAAUGCGCAUAUGUCCAUGCCAAUCAUCACACAUUGGCCAUAUUGAUCAUAAUGUGCAAAUGUCUGUGCCAAUCAUUGUUCAUCACCCAUGUAUGUAUUGGGUGUAUGCCUCUUUCAAUCAUUGCACUUUGGCCAUAUUAAUCUUGUGUGUGAUGUGUGCGUACAUCCUCAGUGCCAAUCAUCUCACAUUGGCCAUUUUGAUGGUAAUGCGCAUACAUUGGUGCCAAUCAUUGCACAUUUGCCAUAUCAGUUGUAAGUUGCAAUCUAUGGAGAAACAUAAUUGGCAACCACCAUCCACCUUGAUUGUACCUCAGCAUCUUGAGGGUUAAUCAAGUCUGGCUAAUCAAGAUGCUGUUUAAUGUUAAUUUGUUUUCUUGUACUUGAUUUACGCUUGAUGAGUUGAUAUCUUCAAUAAAAAUUUAUUCCAUAGUAUUAUUUAUAAAUUAUUGAAGUAGGGAAAGAUUUAUACUAAUAGGGGAAGAUGGGUGUAGAAGUGACUGGCCAGGUUGAGGGAGGCAGUGUUGUUGCUGCUGGGGAGACCAUCACUGUUUCUGUCACUGUGAGCUCAACAAAAGACUGCAGCAGCAAUAACUCUGAUGACAUGAGUGGCGAUGUUGUGGCUUGGUGCAGUGCUCAAAUCCACUGCAUUUGCACAUCAAAUGAUGCAUACGUCAUUGCUCCCUCUCCUGCCAAAGCAACAGUUGCUGCUGGAGAAUUGGGCAAUCUCACAUCUGCAGGAACAUCAUUGGCUCCCUGGCGUGGCGAGGGAGGCCACCUGGUGCUGACAACAAAGCCCACCAUACUGUUCUGUGAUCUGCAUCUCCCCCCUGGCCACUCUCGAACAUUCAGGUACCGUGAGGUGGUACCAGUGACUGGUCCACCCAGCUACCGAGGUGUGCAUGUGAAAUACUCAUGGAAAGUGACCGUGGGGGCCCAGCGACAUGGCCGUAAGGUGGUGCUCCUCAGACUCCCCCUCAGGGUGCUGCUUCUCCCACCUCCACCACCAGGAGCUCUGGAGGAUGCAUACAGUGAGAGUGAUGAUGAGCUGUCACCCAGCAACCCCUUCCUGCACCCAUCCCCCCACGCCUGCUCCUCCCCUGCUCCCAACGCUGCCCUGCUGCAGGCGUGGACGGCGCCCAGUGCGCGGGCUUACAACGUCGUCCACUCCCGCGGACACGUGGUGCAGUUCCGCCUCUUCAGAAGCCGGUACAGACUGGGUGACGACCUCCUCGCCACCCUCGACUUCUCUGCCGCCCAAAUCCCCUGCGUCCAGUACGCGGUGUGCCUGCAGAGCGUGGAGGAGGUGGCACAGGAACACAGGAAACGUCGUCAGCAGAGCGCGUCUGUUGUGUCGCACAGCAAGACGCAUGAGGUGUGCCUCAGCAUGACGCAUACCAGCCUGCUGAUGCCCGUACCUCUGCACAUCACGCCAUCAUUCGAUGCUCACAUGGUUAACUUGAAAUAUCGCCUGCACUUCGAGUUCGUCCUCAGCCUUGACGACUCUCACCAUAAGGCGCAGAGAGCGAAGCUCAAAAAGGCGUCCAAAGCUGGCGAGGCCGCUGAACACAACCCCGACACCGGCCUGCAUAUGGGGGGCUGGGUCAAGCAGGAGGAUGAGUCGUUGUCGUGGCGAGCGCCCCAAGAGCUAGACAUCGAGACCCUCGUGUGGGAUCUGCCCGUGAACAUCUGCCCCGCUCCACCCACCCAGCUCUCUUACGCCCUCAACCUCCCCCUCAGCUGCGCUUCAAUGAUUGUGUGAUGAUUCUUCUCAGCUACAACUUCCUUGCUUUCGAACCAAAAAUCUACUGACUAUUACCAAGUAUUUUCAGGUUUCACUGCCCUCCGCUAUUAAGGCAUAUUAUGGAAAAAGUUAUACCUUCAAGAGUCCCUCGGCCUUAUGCUUAUUUAAGCUGAGGCUUCAAGAAAUUUGCUUCAUUGAACGUAAAAGUUAUAAUCAGUUUUACCACGCCAGCCCCCUCUCAACUCCUUAUUUCCACAUUCCUUUCUCUACUGCAUUACCUUCAUUUAAAAUGAAAGUUCAUGAAAAUCUAAUAAGCGGCAUUAUUUGAAUGUUGCCUGCAUUCCCUACGUCAUUUAGGUUUCAAAGGCGAAAUGUAAUAUAUAUAUAUUUAAUUCGAGUCAGUUCCCAUUUCUUUCAAGAUUUUUUUUUUCUAUUUACUGAUCAUUUCCUGUCGAGGAUCACUUUCAGCAUAGAAUUUGUACGGUACUCAUAUUUUCAGAUGUUUUGGUCCUCGGCCAAAGAAGCCGAAGGAUGAAUCGCAGUUAUUAAUUCUUCGUUUUUAAUUCUUGUUCAUGGUUGUGCGAAAGGUUUAUUUAGUUUUAAGCUAAAUUAUUACCAGUGUUAAUCCAUGCUUGUAUUGGAAUAAAGUUGAAUUUUAAA